AUGCCGGCAGCCUGCACCCUGCUGCUGCUGCUGGGGCUGGGGCCGGUCCUGCCGACCGGGUCGCUGCCCCUCGCUUCUCCACGGCGUCUUCCACCUCCUCCUCCUCCGUCCCGAAGCCGCCUCGGCCGCCCUUCCUCGCCUCCCACCGCGGGACACGCCGGCAGCCCGGUCACUGGCAGUACCCAUCAGGCAAGCAGAAGCUCGUACACAGAGAUAAGGACUUCUGGUACCCUCAUGGACAACAUAGAGCUGAUGACAACCCUGGCUGGGAGCAGGGAGCAUGCAUCACUGCCCGCCAGGCACGGUAUGGUGCCAGCAGUGAAUGGGGUAAUGGGGCACAUUGGUCCCCACACCAGCAGUGGGGAUAUCACCUCAUUGGGAGCAGGAUCCCCAGACAGCCUAUCUGCUGGGACAGCAACACACCUGCCUGCCUACAGCCAUCAUCAUGCUGCUGGAAGCCAUCAUCAUGCUGUGGGUAGCCGGGAGAGAGACAGGAGGGCUCUGGAUACUGCCAGCACCCAAACAGCUGCUGAGAGCACAGUUUUGGCAGCCAUCAGCACUGAUUCGGCUGAGAGGAUGCUGGGUGAGCACCACGGGGCCUGGCGUGUGGUGGGGUUUGACAACACCAUGACAGCGAUGCUGCCUUCAUCCGCAGAGACUCAUCGCUCAGGCACCAGUGACUCCUUGCAACUGCUGAGCAGCUGGAUGGCCAAGGAGCCAUCUGGUAGCCCUCCUGCAGGCACUGCAGCCACUUCACCCAGCACCUCGGGGAGCAGUGGAGGGACACUGUGGCCCCUCCCAAGCACUGCCUUCCCUGACUCUGCAGGACAGCCCCAGUCCUCCCCACAAGCCAGUAGCCAAACUGUUGCAAACAAUGUCAUACUACACCCCAGGAAUGUCAUGGGCAACUCCGCAAGAUCCUCAGGCACAGCAUCACCUGCCACGGACAGCACUUUUGGAGCCAUUGGAAGCAGCUACCAGCCAUCCAAAAGCUCAGCCACGGAGAGGAGAAUUUCAGACUUCCUCAUCACCAGCACCUUCAUUUCCACAACAGACACCAAGGGUGGAGGAAGGAUGUUAAGGUCUCUGCCAGCCAGCACCAGGCUGGCUGAUGCAGCAGAGAUUUCCACCUCUGGUACUGAAAUGACCAGCUCUUCAGCCCAGAGCCAGUCCCCUGGGAUGUCUCUGGGAGGCCAGGGUGGUGGCGGCAGAGGAGCCACAGACUUGUCACUCAUGGGCUCACCAUCUGCUUUGGAAAGCACUUCUCCAGCCUUUAGCAACAAUUAUGAACCCAAGAUCAUCCCAGCUGCAGAAGAGGCGAUGCUGCGCUCAGACACCCAUGGUGCUGACAUGUCCAGCAUGGAAGCAGGCACACCGGGGUACCCCACAAAUGGCCACAUAGCUGGCAUGACAGGGGGAUCUACCAAUACCACCAACCCCACCAGCUCUUCAGGGGAGACAUUCUCCUCUUCAUGGGCCAGGACACACCUUCCUAGCGGCUCACAGGAAGCCUCUGAUCUCCUAACACCUCCCAGGGAACCUUUGCUCACAAGCUUCUUCUCUGCCUCUGAAAGUACUUUCAGAGGUGUCAGAAGCAGCCACCAACCAGUUGACAGCUCAACAACAAACAAAAACCCCCGUGCUUCCUCUCCCAUCAGCACUUUCUUUCCAGCCAUGGCCAUAAGCAGCAAUGGGAGGCCCCCAAGAUCUGCCACCAGCACUAACCAAUGGACAGCAGAAGUCUCCACUGCCACUAGUGACAUGUACAGGACCUUGGGCACAAUCCAAUCCCUGUCCACGUCAUCUGUGAAAGAGACCUAUGGAUUUCAUGGGUCCAGAGAAAUCACGGAUUUCACCGAGUGGGUGGCAGACUCUGUGCUAACACGCUCUCACUCUCCUUCAGAAGGUCCUUCCUUAGCUACUGGAAGCAGCCUGGCAACAGACAGAAGAACCAAUUUCCCUACCACCAGUACCUCUGCUUCCACAACAGCUGCCAAGGGUGGAGGGAGAACGUUAAGGUCUCUGCCAGCCAGCACCAGACUGGCCCGAACAACAGAGAUUUCCAUCACUGAUACCAGAACCGUCAGCUCUCCAGACCAUAUCCAGUCCUCUUUGGGAGCCCAGGGUGGUGGUGGCAGAAGUGCCACUGUGUCAUCCACAGAUCCGUUUCUCGCAGGCUCACCACCUGCUUCAGAAAGCAUUUCCCCAGCUGAAGGGACCUUCGCAAUGGGAGGACGCCUGCGCAAUGCUCCUCUCACCAGUACACCCAGCUCAGCGAUACCCACCAACGGUGAGGAGAGGAGCACAGUGCCUAUGUCAGACACCCAUGCAGCAUCCAGUGUGGCAGGGAGCUCUGCUUCUUCUCCGCCCCACACCAGCUCCUUUGAUGUGGAUCUUCUACCAUCUUCAUCAGCAACAGAGCCUGGGAAGCAGAGCAGUGUUUCACAGAGUGGUGCUGGACUUGCUGAGCUUCCAACAAAGCCACUGCCUGCAUUUUCUCCCAGCAUUUCAACCAUAUAUGUCUCAACCACACUCUCCAGCCACAAGGAGGGGAUAUCUCAGGCUGUAGGUAGCCGUGGCAUGUGGAGCACAGCAGCAGAAAGCCCCAUGUCUCACGCAGACAUGGCCAGGGAGCCCCGUACUAGCUUCCUCCCAUCUUCCACAGCAUGGCCUGGAGCAGGACACUUCUCAUCCAGCCAAGUAGGGUAUCCAGAACCCAAGGUCACCCUUUCAUCCAGGGUCUCCACCUACUUCUCAGCUACCCGUGUACCUUCAGCUGUGGCCAGCAGCCAUAACUCCCUAAGCAGCUCGAGUGCCGAGGAAAGGAUGCCUAGCCCCAUCACUGAUCCUGUGUACAGUUCAUCCAGGUCUUCUGGGGGUGGAGAGAGGACACUGCACUCAGUGACGGAUGGUGUGCUGACUGGCGUCACGGAGGGCUCUGCUUCCUAUGCCGAAACUGACAGCUCUCCAGCACCAGCUCAGACGGUGUCAGUGGAGCAGAGUGGGACAGUCAAUGACUCCACCAGCAGGGGCUUUGCGACAGAGACGCUCUUCACACAUUCUUCCAAGAUACCCUCUUACUCUUCUGUCCAAAAUGGUCUCACAAGCUUUUCAAGUAGCCAUCAGCCAGUCAGUAGCAUUGAUGCUGAGAAAAGGACCUCGGUUUCUCAUACAGAUGGCACAUACAUUUCAACCACAUAUACCAGAGGAGGAGAAAGGACUCUCCUGUCUAUCUCGAAUAGCAGCACCUCUGCUGACUCCUCAGAAAGUUCCACCUUUUUUUCUGAAAUUUCCAACCCUUCUGAUCCAUCAAAAUCUUCUAUGGCACAGGACAGGAACAGCAAUGUAUCCAGCGAAGCUAGUUUUGUUGAACCAUCUACAGAGCCGUUGAUGGUACACUCUUCCAAACAGUUGACUUCUGCUUCUGCAGGCAGCGUACAACAUACAACUCUGUUCAACACUGAGUCUGGGUUGUUGACCACUGGCAGGUCAUCUAUAUCUUCAUCAGCAUUUCCAGCCUCUUCCUCACUGUCAUCCCUGCGUCACUCACUGUCAUCAACACCAGCACCAAAUUAUCUGUUUACAUCAUCAGAGUCAUCUGAGCCACUCUUGUCCUCUGUAAUGGCAUCUUCACCCCCUCUGCAGGCUUUGUCAUCCUCCUUGCCCACUUCCUCAUUGCUUUCCCAGUCUUAUUCAUUAGCAUCUUUAUUGCCUCUGUUUUCGUCACCAUCAUCGGUCUCACAGUCCAAUGAUAGCGAUCAAGCAAGCACUUCUGUAUCUACAACUGUGGUCAGGCGGGUGCCCUCCACAGCUGCUGUGGCUGGGAGCUCACACAGAGAGACCAAAAAGCACAAUGUCACGCACCAGCCCCAAGACAGCACCACCUUCACCUCCACCAGGUCUCUUCUUCCUACAGCACCUAUGGAGCAGCUUGGUGGACACAUCGUGUCUGUUUCUGCUUCUGUGACAGUAACAGAGACCACAUCACCCAGAGUCACCACUGCCCAGGGGGGCAGCUUUGGGAAGGCAACGCCGCUGCUUACCACAGCCAGUGAUGCCCCACAGCCUGGGCCAACAGAGGCACCCCAUACCCCCUCACUGAGUGCCACAAACCACAGCAUCAUCAUCCCUGUGGUUGUACGGACCACAGUGAAACCUGUGCUGACAACACCAGCCAGCCGCCCACCAACCCCAGGUGAUGCCAGCACUAUGAAAGACCAUAGAGCUCAAACGCCUGCUGCCACUAAGCGUGUCUAUACCACUAGUGAAAGCACAGAAGCUGUGGAUCCCACCACUGCAAGGCCUGGUAAAGUCACCGAGGAAAACGUCCUUGUUACAAGUCCUUCUGAAGCCUCUCCAACAAGCAAGACCACUGUGAGCCUUGCAACUACUUUGGCUACUACCAAAGCAACCACUGUUCCUCCAUCAAGAAGCACACCCAGGCCAAGGAUGUCAUCUCCAGCAACAGAUGUGGAUAAAUGUCUUUCCAACCCUUGUCCUGCACUGGCCACCUGCAACAGCACCCAUGGCUCUUAUACCUGUCAGUGUCCUCUUGGCUAUGAGCUGGAAAAAGGAAAGUGCAAUUUAGUAAGAAUAUUUAUUGGCCAGGUCCCCCUGAAACUUAAUAUUACCCAGGGGAAGUACGCAGAGCUCCUCCACAUCGAGGGUGAGAUCCUGGCGAUGCUUGAUGCAUCACUGUCCAGCUUACCAGGGUACCACCACUCCACAGUCAAGGCAACCAGGGAGACGAAUUUUGUGCAUGUUUCAGUGCAAUCCACAUUCUCUUUAGCAUCCAAUGUGACUCUUUAUGACGUUGUUAGCAGUGUGAAAAGCUACAUUCGAGCUUGCAAAUCCCCUACUGAAGCAUGCCAGUUCAUCUCCAGCCUGAAGCCGCUCCACAGAGUUGGCAGCUUGUGCAAGCAGAAAGACCCUGAAUGUGACAAGGAAACUUCUGAAUGCACUGACUUUGAUGGAGUUGCGCUCUGCCAGUGCAAAAGUGGGUACUUCAAAUACAACAAGAUGGACCACUCCUGCAGAGCCUGUGAAGAUGGGUAUAAACUGGAAAAUGAGACCUGUGUGAGCUGCCCAUUUGGCUUAGGUGGAUUCAACUGUGGAAACCCAUAUCAGCUCAUCACUGUGGUGAUUGCGGCUGCAGGAGGUGGACUUCUGCUUAUCAUGGGCAUAGCACUGAUCGUCACCUGCUGCCGGAAGAAUAAAAAUGACAUAAGUAAACUAAUUUUCAAGAGUGGGGAUUUCCAGAUGUCACCAUAUGCUGAAUAUCCGAAGAAUCCCCGGGCACAAGAGUGGGGCAGAGAGACCAUCGAGAUGCAGGAGAAUGGGAGCACCAAGAACCUGUUGCAGAUGACAGACGUAUAUUAUUCGCCAACUGGACUGAGAAAUCCUGAACUGGAAAGAAAUGGACUUUAUCCUCCCUACACUGGUUUGCCUGGAUCUCGACAUUCAUGCAUCUACCCUGGACAAUACAAUCCAUCCUUCAUUAGUGAUGAAACCAGAAGAAGAGACUAUUUUUAGCAGGGAGUGGAAAGGGAGUGGAAGAUUGACACAGUUCCCCAGGUACAAUCUGUCUCCUGGGCAGUUCAGCCCAUAUCAGUCUUACUCUUCCCAUUUAACAGGAAGGACUUUGAACUUCAUGCUGAGCAUUGCUGCCCUGAGGAAUCGUUGCACUCCCUAAGCAGCAGAAGGAAGGAGGAAGAGGAAGAGGGAAUGGCUCAAGGUGCACAUCACUGAAAGGCCAGGUGGAAGUUACAAAUACUCCAGAUUUGUUCUGUGCUGCUUCUUCACUCACUUUAUGCUACAUGGCAAGCAUGGAUCAGUAUAGGCAGAUGAACUAUGCCUAGCACUCUUCACUGAAUACCACUAAAGAGCGUUUUGUUUACAGAUCUUGUUUUCUGUUGACUGUGCUUGUCUUCUUAGCCAACCUUUAGGCAAAGAUUCACUUUGCAAAGUGCAACUGCUUUUGGGAGGGCAAGUUUGUCCACUCGCUUUUACAUUGCUGCAUUGCUUUCUGCUUCAUAUACAACAGGGAAGCUGGCUUGUCCUCUGGCCCUAACCUUCUUGCUGGUAGAAAUUCUUUAAAAUUCUGGGUCUUUGGUGAAGCCUGGUGCCUGUCAAUGUAAACUGAAUUCGUGAGCUGAUUGAUUCCAAGGAGUAUGGGAAAGUUAGUCAUACCAAUGCAAUUUUAAGUGAAAAAAAAGACAAAGUUGAUCCUAUGUGCUGCUUUGAAAACUUUCCAUAUACAAGAAAGAGUACGAGCAUGCUGUUUUGCCAACCAGCAUAGCUCAGAAGUGAUGCCACUAUACAUCAUAAUAGUACUUCUGUAUAGGAACUUAUGGGGCUCUGUUUCUCAGCAGGGAUUUAGAAACAGCAAUAUAAUAUUAAAUAAUUGCUCACAGGGCUGUGAGUUCAGCAUGCUCCUUAGAAUCUGGGAAGGAGCCCUAGUUUGGCAGUGGAACCUGAAUUCUGGGCACUACAGGUGGGACAUAGUUUUCAAGCCACCACAGCCCACCUUGACUUCUAUAGGAGCUGUGGAGGCUUUAAGUACUGUGGAAAAUAAGGCUCGCUGCAAUCAGUUGUAUUCAAGGGAGAGAAAAAUAGUAUGUUUGCAAUCCUAGUGGAACAAAUAUCACUUAUGUUGAAGUGUUUUGCUUGCUUUCAUCAUAGUUUUGAAUGAUUCAUACCAGGCAGAUUUCCUCACCUAGGCAUGUUCAUAUUAAUCUUCUUGGCAAAAGCUGAAGAAUGUAAGUUAUUAUUUUUCUCACCAAAGAUAAAAGUCAACAGUAAUGGGCUGUAUUCUGUGCUAGGUGUUGAAAGAGAUUUUACUAAUCACAGAAUCAUAUAAUUUGUGUUGGAAGAGACCUUAAAGAUAAUCUCUCUAGAGGGCCCUGCAGCUGAACACAGUGCUCCAGGUGAGGUCUCAUGAGAGCAGAGGGGGAGAAUCACCUCCCUUGACUUGCUUUUGAUGAAGCCCAGGUUGUGGUUGUCUUUCUGAGCUGCAAGCGCAUGUUGCUGGGUCAUGUUGAGCUUCUUGUCAACCAACACCCCAAGUCCUUCUCUGAAUUCAUUCUCCGCUGAGGCUGUAUUUGUUUGUGGGAUUGCAGGAAGUAUAAGGAAGUAUAGUGAAGUAUAUGCACUGCUUAUCUUUAAUGCAGUGUUAACCUGACUUCCAAACCCCAUCCAGAUACAGAUCCUUCCCUUAAAUGUGACUGUGCUUGUAUGAGGAUAACAAAUAGCACAAUUCCUUAGCCACUAACCCACCAUCUCGCUAGUGCAUACAUAAGCUAGUUUCACUGAAGAGCAAUUAUUCUCUUCAGUGAAAGAUAUUCUCUUCUCCCCACCAUGCUUGAAAAACAGUGCCUAUAAGUUCAUAAGGUAGCUCAACUCACUGAAGCACUAAGGAUCAUGGGAUGCAUCCCCCAAAGUGCCUAACCUCAAGUACGAACAGCAGUUCAAAUACGUUGUGUGAUCUCUCGCCAGAGGCAAACUUGAGGUGAUUAGGAGCCCUCCUCCAGGGAGCAGGUACUUGUGUUAUGCAGAUGGUGUGAGUUUUCAGAUCCUUUCUCAGUACUUUGGAGGCUGUUGUGCUCUUUAUCAAAGGUGAGCAACAGCUACCCGGUGGAAGGGGAGCUAGCACUAGGCAUCUAUUAGCUGUGAAGGCUAAGAGGUUUCUGUUUCCUCGAAACUGCAAGACAGAAGAGAUACCACAAAUGUGCUUUGAAGACACAGUGUGGUGCACCAGCCAUAGCAAACAAGCACAGUGUCUUUUUAUACCUCACCCCUUGUUUACUAUGUAGAAACAGUAGUGUGAGCUUGCAAAAUAAAUAAAAAAUCUUCAUGGAUGCCUAGGGCAGCAUCCUUAUCCUUUGCACUUACAUGAUCUUUCGGUGACCGCACAUGCAGCUUCAUGCUUGUCUGAUCCAUAAUCAACCUUGCAGGUGUUAGUACACCUGUUCAUCUCAACUUUAGGGGAGAAAUGAAUGGAUGCUCAUGGGAACUGCAGCUGCCUAAGGAGCUGUAUUUAAGGAAAACUCUAGUUAAGUAGCCAAAAUAGUGUAACAGGUAAGGCAGAAGAACUAGCUGUUCCCUGCCAUGUUGACCGGUGUUUCCAGUGCAUAAAUGACGUUCUUCCUUUCAUUAGCAGCUGAUGUCUUAACUGCACAGGAUCCAUUGUAUGAUGUGAACUCAGGGCUUGACUGCUGUGCUAUAGGCCCCGUCAGAGAGGACACUGGCAGGGUCUUUCUGUGCCAGUGAGUUGUCUGUUUUUGAGAGUGCCCAGGACAGAAAAGACUGCCUUUCCCAUGGUAUGGAGGAGUGUUUUGUCUGUGUUACAGAAGCAAAGGGGAAGCUGGGAUUCAUGUUAAGUCUAAGUCCAAGGCAUAUAGGUGAGCACUGGGCUCUGUCCCUCUUUACUAAAGCAGCUGAGCAAAAAGGAAGAGUGUCCCAGCAAUGAUGGUAGGAUUUAACCGCAUGCCAGCAUUUUGUCAGCUACUGAAGAAUUUAGACACAUGCUUAAAGGCAAAUAUAUUUAACUGCUUGGUUAUUUUGAAGACUGGGAAACGUGGCUGUGUGUGCCAAGUACAAAGUAGGAAAUACCAACUCACAUUGCAGGUCAAGCCCUCCAUUUAAAGAGAAACAUGGACUGUAUGAACAAAACUCCUGGUCUGUAUCUCACAGCAAAUUUAAAGGGAUUUGAACAGAAAUGAGAUACAACUGUUCCUUAUUGAGAUCACACAAAAGUUUGCAAGCAAUUACUUUUAAUUUCUCAAUGAUCUUCAAAUUCUUCUUAAUGCUGUAUCUGGAAUGAAAAAGUCUCAAUAAACCGAGCAGGAUUUUCUGACUGAGGACUGCAAAACUUGGCCUUUUCCAAAGCAGAGACCUUUACUCCACUGAGAUUUUCUCUCUGCCAAGCAGGUAAACGUUGGAAGAUUUCUUAUGAGAAUUUAUCCAUUGAAGGCUGACUUUCUUUUUAGCUUUGGUAAGAGGGGAGUCACGGUGCCAGUACAUGGUCCAUAGGAGGAGAAAAAGGGUAUCUCCUGACCUGCAGCACCUUUUCUGGGUGUUGUAGGAGGCCCCGCUCAGCGGCCAGGAAAGGAUUUAGGUAAAAGUCAGCACCAGGGUGAGUGCAGGUGCUUUCCCACAUGUGAACAAGGAAAUCAUUGUGGAGCCAGCAGAUGCAGCCCCAGGUGAUUCAGAUCCCCAGGUUUCUACCAGCCUAGCCACGUCCCACACUGCAGUGUUUCUGGGUAGAAGGGGUGGGGUACACUGCAGUGUGCUUUGCUAGUUUGUGGUAAUUAUUUUAUUGCAGUUGUUUACUAACACAUUCCAGUAGCAGCGGGCUCACCCAACCACAGCAGGUAUGUGACCUGUUUCUGUACACCUUGCCUCUGUUAAAGCUGACACCAGGAUUCUAUUUGCAUGCUUCCUCUUUGUCUCCCAUAAACUAAACACCUUCUGGCAGUGGAGUGGGGCUUGUGGCUCCUGUCAGAUGUGAGAAGGGUCUCCAUGUGCCCUCAAGACUAUUUUUAAGCGCAGAUGCCUCUCUGUUCAGUAUCUUAGUUCCCAUGGGAUAUCUAAAUAAAUGCAUCUUAUUUCUUAGACUAUUUAGACUAGUUUUAGCUACCCCAGAUUUCAGAUUUUGAGCACACUGGAUGUUUUUGCCAACGGGAAUUUUUAUUCCACUACCCAAGAGGACAAGGUAGAAGUGGUAUGUUUCUUCUAAGGAGGAUGCAAGUGUUUCAGCCGGAUGUGAGGAAAGGAAGAAAAACUACACCAACAAUGCACAGAAAUUUUCUAUUGCUCCUGGCAGCUGUGGAAAGCUGGGGGAGAAGUCAGCAAGGGCCCCUAGGCAGUUGUGUGACUGUAUUUUUGAUUAACUUUGGAAAAAAUGCUAAUUCUGUUGCUUGACAGGAGAAGAUGUGGAAGGCACAUGUUUGCUGCUAUGUUGCUCUGCCAGUUGUGGUAACAAAAGCCCUUCAACCACAGAAAUACCUCUGGCAGUAAGCCUAGGAGAGUUAGUCCCAGUGAAGAGAGCAGCAAAAUGCAGAUUUGAGGAAUCAUUCAAAAGGAAUGUUCGUACAUGCAGCCUUCCUGUGUCCUGCCAUGCACUGCUGCUCUCCCUGGCCAGCCUUCCCAGAUGCACUGGAAAAAUGAGAGGCCUUUUGCAUACUGUUGAAACCUCACAGUGCUGAAUUGGGCUGUAUGAGGAGAGAAUUUUGACACCCUUUUGUUUCCACGUUUACAGCAUUUAUGUAACACAGCAGCAGUGAAUCUCGUUGUUGCAGCAUUUCCUGUAGGUCUCACUGUCAGUCAUGUACUGAGUAACACCUUGUGACCAGCCUUCUAAAAAGUGUUUGCUUCCACACUACAUGAUAGUAAAAAGCUUUAAAAAAUAGCAACAAAUUUUAGUUAGAGGGAGGUGCUUGUCAUUGUGUAAUUGUUUGUGCCAGUACUUCUAAAGGGUGUUUGCUGGAACCUGAGUGAGCAGCAGAGCAGGUUUGGACAUUGCUGCAGACACCAAGCACUUCCCUGGGACUUGUCUCUAAUGCUGGUCAAUAGCCAUAUCCGUUCCAAAUCCAGCUGGACUUCUUGUUUGCUCAUAGUGAUGUUUAAUCUUCAGUUUUCUUCCUUAAAUUAACAAGAACGGAUGCAUUUUACUUAUAUGCUCUUCCUAUGCUGACUAAUGUUUUUUCCUCUUUACACACAAAGGACCUAAUCCAGCAUUCAUUAUAGUGGCUGGGGUAACUCUCAUAGACUGCAAUGUUUUUUCUUUUAGGCCUAAAUUAUUCCACCUGUGUGUUGUAUAUGCUUUCCCCUAGCUCCAUGUUUUACCUAUUUGUGAUACUGUUGCUGCAUUUCCAUGUUUUAUUUAUUUUUAAAGUAUAGUUAUUACUGUAGCAGGACCUGUAUUAUGUGGGAUUGACCAAAACAGAUUGAAACACCUUCCUAAGAAGAGAGUGGAUGUGAAUUUUGUGUAGUUGUUUUACUGAUCAGCCAACCUGUUGCCUUUUGUGUCAGAUCUUCUAGGGAUGUAGAGGUGUUUGCUCUUCAGUCAGAGAUAAAAACAGCUUUUAGGUUCACUUUUACUUGUCUCUUAAGAAAUGAAGCAAGAUCUCUCAUUUUCAAAAGGGGCAUUCACUGUGUGCUUCUAAGAUUUCAGUGACUUUGCAAUGUGUAUGUAAGUGUAUUUAAUUCGUCAUUCCCUCAUACUACUGAAAUUAAAAUCAGGACAGAAAUCCAUGAAGGGGUAAGAAAUAACAAAGAAAAAAAAAGAAAAAAGAAGCAAAGCAAGGAAUAUGCUUACGUGUUUUGCAGAAGUAAACAUCUGAAGUGGGUGUGACUCCUGUACUGUAAGGUCCAUAUGAGGGGUAACACCUCUUCUGUGUCUAGUUUGUUGUGCAUCUGCAUAAUAUCCUUGUUGAGGAAAAACAUAGAAAGGGUGCCUGAUGUUUCUCAGAAGUGGCAUGUAAGUGCUAAGUCCCUUGGUCUUUAUUCUGGUAAAAUGCUAGAAGGGAUGAGAGUCUUGCUUGUUUUAAUGACUGCAGCAGGCAGCUCCCAGAGCUGCAGAAUCCUAUAUGGAAAAGUCCCAUGGAAUACAGUAAAAUCUGAUCACUUCUGUUGAACAGUGCCAUAGAAUUCACUUGACAUAAAAGAUCUCAAAUAAAAACAGCUAGGGUAGGUUUAGUUUAAAGACAAAACAGACAAACAAAAACAAAACAACAGAAUAAAUACUCAAUAGUUUCCUUUUUUUUUUAAAGGAAAUUCUGUUAAACUCAGUCAUUUGUUUUAAGUCCUGUUAAAUUCUGCAGGACUUCCUCCUACCAGAACGUCAGCCUUGGUGUGUAAACUCAUAAUGGUUUAUUUGAGGUUUCCUAACAGAAGUUCAAAACAUGGUGUGUAAAAUCAUAAUGGUUUAUUUGAACAGCUUUCAAAAUUGAAGUAGUAAAGCUCACCUUUUGUAAGCUCUAUUUCAAAAGGUAAAUUUUCAGCAUUUGUUUGUACUUCUUUUAACAACCUGAGUGUAAACCUGCUUUAUGUUCAUGCUAUUGCCCUGUUACUUUCUCUGUAUCUCUAAAUGUUUGCUUCCAAGUCACUGAGGUCCUGAGGACAUUUUCCAAACCAGUAUUAUUUAAAGUUUUAUCAUAUUUUCAGACUCCACUAAUUAUACAGUACUGUAGUAGCAAAAUAUAAUUUUUAAGGAUUGGAUUAUUUUUAUACCUUCAUCCAAUAUUGUUAAAUCUGGCGUUCUAGUCAGUAUUACAAAAGGAUACAAUAAAGCUAUGAAUAUUA